AUGGCGCAAUCUGGCCCACUCAGUCACCCAUCCUUUCCAUACUCCGGGAUUUCUAUCCUUUCCCCCUCACUGAACGGUGAAGCAGAGAUCUUGAACGGUGUUUCAAGCGUCUCCGAAGAAGAUUUUCAGCGGUUCACACAGGAGCAUGUGCAUCCACAAAAAGUCCUGCAAUCUGAUUAUUUCACGUCUAAAUUAAACAGCCCCCAUCUCUGUGUGGCAGAAAAGAGAGAAUUGUAUGUAAAUAACACAGCAGUUCCAGAUACAUCAUUGGCUUUGUUCGAUCGCAGAACCCCACCCGUGGAGGACAAAUACAAUAAAACGAAUCCAUUCAUUAACAAGCUCAGCGCCAGGAAACACACUUCUACGGAGGAAAACCCGCGUGGCGGAGAUGUAGCCUUGGAAAAGCUGUGGACUGAAUUAGGCAUUACCACAGAUGAGCAGGACGCUGUUCGUGCUCACUUUGGUGCAACAAGACAGAACACUGGAGCGUAUAGCCAGUACAUUGAUACGGUGAGAGAGCUCAUUAACUAUAGACGCCUCUACAUCUCAAUUGCGCUUCUACAUGAGCGUCUCACUGCCGAGGUGGUUUCAACAUUGUGUAACAUGGUUGAUAGUGGCCCCUCCUCCAUGGGGACAAGUCACUUAGAGAGCGCGUUAGCUUUGUUAGGUCUCUACAGAUUGUUGGUGAUGGCACUAAUGGCCUUGACCGAAAUAGUCAGAGACAUCUGCACUGUCCCCGUUUGUCUUCCUUACCUAAACAUUAGAGAUACCAGAAGCAUAAACUUAGUCAAGCAGCUUCUCAAGUUGCGUUUGUUAUCUCCAGAAAGAAUUAAUGUUAUAUUAUCUACAAUUGGUCAAUCUGUUGAACUAGCUUCUGUAGAGGAGUUCUUCCUGAGAUGCGAGGCCAGGCAUGGUACGGGUAUUGCAGAGCAUCUUCUUCUUAUUGCGUGCAUCCCUGACUCUCUGAUAGAUGUUGCGGAUGCCUCUCUGGUCGGAGCACUUUCCUGCUACUUCCACCUGGUUAACAACCCACCUCAAACCAUGGCUGAUAAACUGGAAGAUUUCUUCAGUUCUUGGAUGAAGCGACUCAAUCUCAAUAUAUCAGAGAUAAACAUUAGCGUAUUGAAGUCUCUCUCAGGGAAGUUUCAUCCUAAGCAUUAUGUUCUCAUGGCACUUGAAGAGGAGAAGCUGGUCACUAACUUCGAGAUGCAACUGGGAGAGAUGCAGCUCAGGAAACCAAAUACGAUCUUUUUAACGAUACCGGUAUGUGAAGACACCAGCUGUUCCAUCGUGACUCUCCAGCGCUCGUCACCAGAGCCAGACGCCCCGAAUGCUCCUCUGUUAAGGCACUCAUCUGCCUUGCGAGAUAACCUGUGA